UGGUUUUAGAGCCAGAGUCGGUGAAAGGAGGCAGCGAUGGCGUACGGUGGCCUACUGGUGCCCAUCAUCGUCAUGAGCGUUUUCUGGGGGGUGAUCGGCGGAGUUUUGCCGUGGUUGGUCCCCAAGGGCCCUAACCAGGGUGUUAUUAAUACAAUGCUGGUGAUUACUGCUGUGUGCUGCUACCUAUUCUGGCUGAUUGCCAUUCUGGCUCAAUUGAACCCACUUGGACCACAGUUAAAAAGUGACACAAUCCUGUAUCUGAAGGAACAGUGGCCUUAACCAUUGCGUCUUUUUCUCUGGCAGUAUAUGAGCUAGGUUAUGAUAAAGUUCCUUUCAUUGAAUGAUGCCUUUACUGUAUUUUGAAUCAAUCCAUGUCUACCUUAAUGCCUGUGUUCUAUUAUGAAGAAUAUUUAAUUCAGACAUUUUUCAUACUCCUGAAGUGCCUAAAGGGUAUUUUGUACCCGAUUUCUGUAAAAUUUUGCUUGAAUUUCAAGUGUUACAAAAUGUUCUAUCAUUCCUAUGAUGGCUAGGUUUAUUGACAAUACCCUAUAUCUCACCAAGAAAACUUGGAA